AUGACCUCGAAACACGUGAAACUGCUGCUGGAUAGCACCCAUUUCAACGAGAUCCGCAGCGCCGUCCGCUCGAGAUCUGUCGCAUGGGACGCGCUAGCUCGCUCCGCAGAGGUGAGUUCCUCGGACGCGGCUCUCGUCAAGGCUCUCGAGAGUAGACUUGUGAAACACACCAGCGCCCAGGUGUCGAUCGCCGAGAGCGUGCCUGCCAUCAUCCACUUGCUCACGACUGCAUCGAACCCAGACGUGACGCGCGCCGCGCACAAUUUGCUUGCGGACCUUCUCGUCUCCGAAGAGUACUCGGACGACACCAUUGACUAUUUCGUGCACAGCCCCGCCGCCUUGAAAGAUCUUUUCGCGGCCUCUGUCGCCUCGCAGGCCGACCAGACAGUACUCAUCUCUGGCUUCAAUCUCGUUUCCCUACUGAUUCAGCCCGAACUUCACGACCCGGACCUCGUUCACCAGUAUCUUUCCAGUGCCAAAUUUCUUUCCGUUUUGCAGAAUUUGGACCAAACGGAGAGCUGCUACAUUUGCGUGCGGCUUCUCCAGGAGCUUGUCGCCGUAAGGGCCUACCGUCGCACCGUUUGGGCCGAACAGGCCUCUUUUUUGCCAACGCUGUUCGUCGUGGUCUCGCGGGCCCUGGAAUCCAACUCCGCGACCCGGAUCGCGCCUACAAACACCAACAAUUUAGCGAUACAACUCCAAUACUACUCAGUCCUCACCGUGUGGUUGUUGACGUUUGACGGGACGAUAGCAUCAGAAUUGCCCGGCAAAUACCUCCAGGAUUUCUUGAACCUUUUGAAACUUGUCAAAGUCACUAUCAAAGAAAAAAUAUCACGUCUGUGCAUCGCCACGAUCCUGAACUGCGCUUCUCCCCACGUGAAGGGCCACAAGACUUUCAUCAGACAAUUGUUACUUUUGGGCAAUGCUUUGCCCGUUUUGCAAGCCCUGAGCGAGCGCAAGUACUCCGAUGAAGAAUUGAGACAAAAUUUAGAGACAUUGAAGGAGCUACUUGAAGAAACAUACCAAGAAUUGACUUCGUUUGACGAGUACGAGGCGGAACUCGAUUCAAAGCUUUUGGUUUGGUCUCCACCUCACGUGGACAACGGGUUCUGGUCCGACAAUGUCGACAAAUUCAGAGCUCAAGACUGGAAGCUUUUCAAGCAAUUGGUUGACAUUUUGAAAAAUGCUGACAACGAACCGGCCCACAAAAUUGCCGUGCAAGUUGCACUAAGCGACAUCACUCACAUAGUGGAAUUGUUACCCGAAAGCGUCAACAUAUUGUCAAAACUAAACGGGAAAGUAGUCAUCAUGCAAUUGUUGAAUCAUCCAGACUCCAAAGUCAAGUACGAGGCUUUGAAAGCUACGCAGGCAUUUGUCGCUCACACCUUCAAAUGA